CGACCUCUGAUAACCCUCUAAUAACUCGUAAGUUUCCACCACGCUCGUAAUUUCAUCUUGUAACGAAGUAGGAAUUUUGUAUAAAGAGUUGUUUUAAUUUUAUAAUAUUUAAAAUGACUGCAGACGGACAUGGAAAAACAGGGAAGGAUUUCAAGGAAUAUAAGAGGGUUCCGUCAGUAGAGAAGAUCCCUAUACCUGACAGCAAUUUUGAUAAAAUGGAACCAGAAAAAAUUCCAGCAAAGGAAGGCCAGAUGGUGACCAAUGAAAUACCAGAGAAAUCAAAACUUGAAGAAAGAGGAACUUGGGGUAAGCAGUUGGACUUCCUGCUGGCUUGCAUCGGUUAUGCCGUUGGUCUAGGAAACAUUUGGCGGUUCCCGUAUUUAUGUUACAGGAAUGGAGGAGGAGCAUUUCUCAUCCCUUAUUUCUUGAUGAUGCUGGCAGUAGGCAUGCCACUAUUCUUCAUGGAGCUUGCGUUUGGCCAGUAUGCACGAGAGGGACCCAUCACAAUCUGGAAGGCUGCGCCUUUAUUCAAAGGAAUUGGAUAUGCUAUGGUGUGUAUUUCCGGGAUUGUUACUGUUUAUUACAACCUUGUACUGGCGUGGGCAGUAUUCUUCUUUUUCAAGUCAUUCACAAAAGAGCUGCCAUGGAAGGGAUGUAACAACAUCUGGAACACCGAUUCCUGCGGAUAUUCCAAUGGCACGAACAUUACUUACGAAAAUAGCAACAAUGAGACUUUUACAGUUUCAGCGAAUGAAUCAACUAUUCCUGCUGAGGAAUACUGGAGAAAUGAAGUCCUUCAAUUGACUGAGGGUAUUGAGGAUAUGGGAAGUAUGAGAUGGCAGCUGGCAGCUUGUCUGUUCCUUGCUUGGGUCAUUGUCUAUGCAUGUAUAUUCAAAGGCGUCAAAUCUUCUGGCAAGGUGGUGUACUUCACUGCAACAUUCCCGUAUGUUGUUCUCACUAUCCUCUUGAUACGUGGACUUACUCUGGAAGGAGCCAUGGACGGUAUCUACUUCUACUUGAACCCCAAAUGGGAAACUUUGAAGGACGCAAAGGUUUGGAAUGAUGCAGCCACACAGAUUUUCUACUCUCUUGGACCGGCAUGGGGCGGAAUUCUGACGUUUGCGAGUUUUAACAAGUUCCACAAUAACUGUUACAGAGACGCACUGGUCGUUCCAUUGAUCAACUGUUUUACGAGUUUCUACGCCGGCUUCGUAGUCUUCUCAACACUAGGUUUUAUGUCUGCGAAGACUGGCAUUCCAAUCCAGAAUGUCUCUACAACGGGUCCAGAUCUGGUUUUUAUUACUUAUCCUGAGGCCAUAGCACAGAUGCCCGUGGCCCCACUUUGGUCGUUCCUAUUCUUUUUUAUGCUGUUCCUGGUUGGAUUGGACACGCAGUUUGGUAUGUCGGAGACGUUCAUCUGUGGAAUUGUUGACGAGUUCCCAAAGUACUUGCGCCCUCACAAGUCUCUUUUUGCUCUAGCGGUGUGUGUGGUGUGUUUCUUUCUGGGUUUGCCGCUGUGCAUGCAGGGAGGGAUUUACGUGUUUGAGCUGAUUAACUGGUACUGCUGUUGGCUAUCACUGAUGCUGGUUGGAAUGUUUGAAUGUCUGGUGAUAGGCUGGGUGUACGGUGCUGACCGACUAUUAGCCAAUACCAGAGAAAUGAUAGGAUUUAUGCCAAGAAUAUGGAGACUGUACCAGGUGGCGUGGCGUUUCGUGACUCCAUCUAUUAUUCUUGCCAUCACGAUAUUCAGCAUGAAUCAGUAUGUGCCUGUUUACUAUGAUAAAUAUGUGUACCCAGGCUGGGCGGAAGCAAUAGGGUGGAUGUUAACAUUUGUAUCACUUAUUCCAAUACCGGUCAUGAUGGUAGUACAAGUUCAUAGAGAAUCUGAAGGAGAAACACUCUUGGAGAAAAUUCAAAAUCUUAUGAAACCAACACCAGAUUGGGAGAAGGGUGAGGAAAUUAAAAGUUGCGAGGAAGAGGUUGUCAUGAAGUCUGUAAGCAAAAAUGGCCUGCCAGACCCAGCUCCUGUCUGAGGAAAGAAUAACAUCUUGCCACAUUGUAAAACUCUUGCCUUCAUGUUUUUUAGAUAGACAUCAAGAAAAAAAAAAACCGGUUCAUUCCGGAUUGAACUGGUCUUUAAUAUUUGCAUGUAUUGCCUGUAUAGUUAUUUGCAGUAUUGUCGCAUUCUGAUUUCGCGCACACUAGGUUAUCCUUAUAUGAUUUUCUAUUCACAUUUGUAAAUAUAAUAAGAAUACCUUUCGUUUUUCUCUGUUGUAAUGUGGUGAUUGUGGAAUGAAAAUCAAUUAUUUUUAUUCUUGAAAGUAUUUUAAGAUUGUUGCAACAGGUACAAAGGUGUAUAUUUUCCUAGGUCAAGUAUGGUAUUUGAAAUCUUGGAUCAAAAUACCUAGGCCUGCAUAAGUAACAUUAAUUAUUUAAUAAUCGGCGCCAAGUUCAGGCAUAUCAAUGUCAUACAGAUGAAAAUUUGUAAGAUUUCUCUUAAGCCGGGCACACACUGUGUUUAAUGACGGUCGGCUAACAAAUCCAUCUUUGUUGUCUGUGCGAGGUUAAGGAUGCAGCGCUGUUUUAUUGAUAGUUGAGGGAAGUCUGAGCAGAUCGACAAUAGAAAUAUCCAUCGUGCGUGCCUCAACACGAUCUGUUGUCUAUGAAAUUGUGACAGCCAAUGACUGUUGCCGCAGUCUGUGCCCGACUUAAGGGCCGCCCCAAAACCAUAUUUGGGAUUGGGGAUAUUUUACUGUUCCAAUGUCAAUUAUUUUUAUGAAUUUAUUAUAACGUCCACUAUGCUACUUACAUGCUCCCAUGGAGCACUGGAAAUUGAUAUUGUAAAAUGCAUUAGUCUAUUUUUUAAAUCUUGCCAGUUGUGUAAAGCAUUACAAAUAUUUUAGAUUGCAUGCUAUAAUAAAGGUUAUGAAACCUUGUGUCUAUUUUUCCAAAAAUACAAAACCCCCAGUGGCGUAAUUUGGCACUAUAUAAUAUAAGAAUAAUACUACUUCUGUACAGUACUGUUAGUUUCUGAUAGAAUUGUUUUAUCAUCGAGUAUGAUACAUACAUUGAAACAAUUAUGAAUUUUAAACCUCGUAUUAGACCAGUUUCACAACCUACAAAUAAUAAGAAAAAUGGAUGUCAUGUACAAUAUCAACACAAGAUUUGAAACUGAGUUAAGUGUAUUAAGAUAUUUUUACUGUGGUAAAAUGCAGCGUAUUUACUGGACCGGACAAAUUAUUUCGUUGCGGUAACCAUUAUUCAAAUGUCAUAUUUUACAGCAAACACUAAGGGCCUAGGUAAAGUUACCUGCAAUAAAGCAGAUUAUGAAAAUGAUUUCAUAGAGGUUGUGAAACUGUCCUAAUCGUCAUGAUUUAUUUUUUCCUGUUUAAAAAAGUGUAAAAUUAUAGAAAUGCCUAUUUUGUAUAAUUCAGUGUUGUAAGAUGCUGUGUGAUAUAUUUUUUUGUGUAUUAUUUUUGCUACAAGUUACAAGAACAAUUUCCACUGACUGUGUAGCAUAUUUAUAAAUUGGACAAGUUAACCAGUAAUAAAUUGGACUAAUUAAUAAUA